GAUCUACAUUAGAGCGCAUGCGUGCAACCAUGGCGAUAGUAAAUAGCAACACGAAGUGAGACAUAUACUUUAAAAAGAUUUAAGUGAUAAUCUUGAUAUUCAACUAUUGUUGUGUUUUUGAGACUCAUUUUCACAAUGGAGUCAGACGGCCUGCAUGUAAAUCUCGACUAUGUUGGGAGUAGUGGAAUAAUAUGUAGUUCUGAACAAAAAGCAGCGCUUCAAACAUCAUUGGUUAUUUUACAAAAUGAAAACAAGUUUUACAGAGUUUAUUUUUGGGGAAAGAUUUUGGGUGUUAAGGAUAAUUAUUUUAUUGCUCAAGGUGUAUACAAAGAUGAAUUUGCAGGAAGAAAAACAUUCUACAGUAAAGACUGCAUUCAUUGGGGACUGCUUCCACAUGCUACAGCUGAAAUGAAGGCAAAAUCCAAACUUGCUAAAGGUCGUUUCACUGGAGACCCAUCCUAUGAGUUUGAACAUGUGGAAACAAAGAAAAUUGGAGAUGGAGAGGAGGCAACAGAAGAGGAAGAAACAACUAUUAUCAAGGAAGAAGAUCGCUUGUCAUCUGUAGUUGCUGAAAUUGACGAAGAUGUGAGGAUUGUACCUCGAGGGGCUUUUGUCCAGGUUCCAACAGCAGAAGUUGUAAAAAACAGAAGUUUUGAAGGUUUGUCUGUGCAAGAAUCAGCUAAGCUUUGCAACUACAUGCACUUCAGGGAGGCAAAAAGAUUAGACUUAAAAACUUUAUUGCAGCGUGCGAACAUGGAUAAGGCCAUUGACUUUAUGGACAGUAUCGAGGACGAUGUUCCCCGGGGUUCUUGGACACUACAGUUUGAAAGAGGAAGUGGGUUGUUGGCACUUAGAAGCUUACAGUGGCCAGGAUAUGUUUUCUAUCAUGUUCCUGCAACACAGAAGUACGGAUCAAUUUACUUUGGGACUGGCGAAAAGAAUAUGGAUUUGCCAUUUAUGCUUUGAAAGCUUCAUAUCUUUUACAAUUGUUUCUGAUUAACUAAUCCGCAAACAGAUCUACACCAAGUGGUAUAGCUAAAUUUUUAUAGUUACCGUUAACUAUACAUGGAACGAACAUUGAAAAAUGUAUAUAUACAUCAUGUUUUGUGUCUUUAAAUCAUAUUUAGGCUACUACUACACAGCAGUAUGCAUACAACAGUCAAACAUUUGCUGUUGUGGAAAAAACACUAUUGUGCUGAUUCAAAUAAAUAUUUUAUAUGGUUUUUAUGACAAUACAUUUAACUUUUAUAAUUUAUAUACUCUCUAGGCAUGAUAUUUUUGUGAUAAACUGAGUGGUUGGUUGAAUAGUAUUUUAUAGAAUAUUUUAUUUUUUAAAAGAUGAUAUACCUAAACUUAAUUUUAUAAUUUAUUUUAAGAAUGAAUUCACAAAAUAAUUAUUAUUUCUUUUUAAUGAAAACUACCUUAUAAGUAUUUACUACCCCAAUACAUUGGCAGUUAAAAUUGAAAACAAAAAAGUAUUAAAAAAACAAACUAUUUAUACCUAAUUAAGAACAUUUUAAACUGCUAAACCAUUCUAGAACUAAUUUUGCUUGAGUUAUUAUUAAAUUAUUUAUUUUUUUAAAUAAAAAAACUUGUUUUUUUUUUACCUACUUUUAUUUAGUUAAAAGAUAUCUGCCUUUCAGUCUUCUAUGUGUACAUGAAUGAAUUUUAAUUAGGCAUGUUAUAAA